UCCAGGCCAAAUGCUUAUAGAGAUCCUCUGUCAAGAACAAGGCUUCUUUCUGGAGAUAGUAGAUAUAAUCCGAGGUUUUGGCUUGAAUAUAUUGACGGGUUUCAUGGAAGUUCACGAGGCUAAGAUAUGUGCACACUACAUUGUUGAGGCUGAGGCGAACAGGUUCGUAUCGAGGCACGAGAUAUUUUCCUCUCUUGUUCAGCUUUUACAGCUUACGGGCCCUAACGAGUUUAGCCCAAAUGAUCAACAUGGCAAUGUUAGUUUGUUGAACAAUUCUCCCCAACCAGCUGCCAGCUUGCCUGAUAGAACUCCAUGUAUGAGCAGUGUUCCCAUUGCAUGACAGAUAAUGUUUGGCUGAUAAAACAUGAACCUAGUCAGACCAGGAAAGCGGAUGAUGCAGAGGUGAAAUGUUCCUGUCUUGCUUUUCCUGAAAAUGGUGAGCACAUGAUGCCAGAAGUUUGCAUUCUCUUUGACUACCACUGUUGAUACUGAAGCUGCAAGUAGGCUAACUGUUGGAUUUCUGGAAUGUUUUUUUUUUUUUUUAAUAAUUAUUAUUAUAAACUUUGCUUCUUUUCUGAGGCUCUUCAGCUGUUCAUCUGCAACUUGUCCCCAAGUGAUGGAAGAAGUGGACUAGUGGAGUAUAGAUUGUUGCUUGAUUUUGCAAUUA